AUGGCACCAACACCGGCAUCACCAGCAGACCAUAAUCGAUCUCAGGUACUGGAGGUCAAUCCCAGAAGCUACAUGAAUCCACUACUGCUCUUGCGAGUCCUUCUUCUGUUGCUCUUGUCCGACAUAAUCGUUUCACACUCCAUCAUCAAGAGUCUACCGGGCUUUACCGGUGAUCUUCCAUUUCAACUUGAAACUGGUUAUAUUGGUGUUGGAGAAUCAGAUGAGGUGCAGUUAUUCUACUACUUUUUUGAAUCAGAAAGGAAUCCGACAGAUGACCCUCUCAUCCUUUGGAUAGCUGGUGGUCCGGGUUGUACUGCUCUUCGUGCCGCCUUCUACGAAAACGGCCCACUUAUGUUUAACUAUGCAAAUUCUAGUGGCAACAUACCAAUACUGGAGUUGAACCCAUAUUCUUGGACAAAGGUUGCCAACAUAAUAUUUAUUGAUCAACCGGCUGGCUGCGGAUUCUCCUAUGCAAAAACAUGGAAAGCUUAUGAAAGCAACGAUACAAUAUCAGCAGCACUGAAUUAUGAUUUUCUUAGAAAGUGGCUUUUGGAUCACCCCAAGUUUCUCAAGAAUCCACUAUAUAUAUGUGGCAUUUCCUAUAUUGGCAUGGUUAUUCCAAUCAUUGUUCAGGAUAUAUAUGAUGGUAAUGAAGCUGGAAAUGAACCACCAAUGAACAUUAAAGGAUACAUGCUUACCAACCCUCUAACUGAUAAACAUGGUGACGUUAAUUCAAGAGUUCGAUAUGCUCAUCAUAUGUCACUUUUAUCUGAUGAACUGUACGAGGUAACUACCUAUAUUUUGCCAAACUGCCAUGGCGAGUACAUCGAAGUAGAUCCCAACAACGGAUUAUGUGCAAGUGAUCUACAACUAGUAGACAAAGUGAGCAAGAUUUCUUCAUUGGUUUUCAUAAUAUAUGCUAGCCAUGGUUACCAUUAUGUCACUGUUUGGGCUAAUGACAAAACUGUCCAAAACGCUCUUCACAUUCGUGAGGUACCUGGAACGAUAACAGAGUGGGUGCGAUGCAAUACAAGCAUAGAAUACUCUUUUGGUGAAAGUGCAACCGUAUCUUACACAUUCAAUGUCCCUAGCACUGUUGACUAUCAUCGAAAUCUAACAAACAGAGAUUGUCGAGCUUUAAUAGCCAGUGGUGAUCAUGACUUGGUUGUUCCACAUCUGGGCACAGAGAAAUGGAUAAAAUCUCUAAAUUUGACAGUCGAAAGUUGUUGGCAACCGUGGUUUGUUGAAGGUCAAGUAGCAGGAUAUACUGUAUCUUAUACACACAAUGACUAUUCAUUGACAUAUGCAACAGUCAAGGCAUGUCACAUGGGUCCAGAGUACAAACCCAAAGAAUUUCUAGCCAUGAUUGAUCGGUGGUUUGCUUACUCGCCUCUCUGA